AUAUAAAAGGAAAGAGAAAAAAACAUGAUGAGAGAACAUGACAUUUAAAACGCUUUAUAAGAUUCUGCCCAAUCAAAUUUCUAUUUUCUUCUCCGCUUGGGGCCUUGAAUUUUGAAGCUAAUCACCUCUCUGAGGUCUUUCAUCGAACAGGAAUAAUGAUUAAACUGUUCAAAGUAAAGGAAAAGCAGAGGGAAAUAGCUGAAAAUGCAAAUGGAAAGGCUCCAGUGAAGAAGCAAAGUGCAGGGGAACUGCGUCUUCAUAAAGAUAUAAGUGAGUUGAACCUACCCAAAUCAUGUAGCAUAUCUUUCCCCAAUGGAAAGGAUGAUCUAAUGAACUUUGAGGUCACCGUUCGACCUGAUGAAGGAUAUUAUUUUGGUGGAAUAUUUGUGUUCUCAUUCCAAGUUUCCCCUAUGUAUCCUCAUGAGGCUCCGAAGGUCAAGUGCAAGACAAAGGUCUACCACCCUAAUAUCGACUUAGAAGGGAAUGUCUGCCUCAACAUUCUUCGAGAAGACUGGAAGCCUGUCCUGAAUAUAAACACUGUGAUUUAUGGGCUCUUUCAUCUAUUCACGCAACCCAAUCACGAGGAUCCCCUCAAUCCCGAUGCAGCAGCAGUACUGAGGGACAACCCGAAGAUGUUUGCAUCCAAUGUGAAGAGGGCAAUGGCUGGUGGGUAUGUAGGUCAGACAUUCUUCGCACGGUGCAUAUAGAAUUUGAAGUCUUUCUCGAAACACCAAUUGAAGUUUCAUAGCGCUGAUGCUUCACUAAUUGAAGUUUUUAUAGCGCCGAUGCCUCAAGGUCUAAGGCUGUAAAUCUGGAUGCUGUACCAUCUUUCGUGUGAUCUUUCUGCAAAAUUGGUGGGUGGGGGGUAUAAGUCUCUUAAAAAUCAUGGGUAUUACUUGUGGAAAGUCUGUUUGUGUGCUGGUGUAACUAUAUAAAGAACCUACUUUUAUUUCCUUUUGUAUCAAUUUUCGACUUGAGGUACUAUGUGGGACUCCGGGUGUUAGGCAUUUGCUAGGAUAAAGACAGUUGUUAUAAAUUUCUGCCAAGCUAUAGUUGCAUCUUGUCAUGCUUGAGCCAAUUGCUGCUGGGUUGUCGUGUAACAAUGUUUUAUUACUCUUUAAAGCCAAAUAUUUUUCUACUUUGGUCACCACAUUUGUGGUCCCUUCUGUAGAAAAUGCCUUGCCCUC